AAAACGUUAAAUAGAACAAGCCGUUUGGUGUGUGUGUGUAUAUAUUAUAUUAGAUAUACUGUGUGUCCUUUAGUGCUGUAGCUCAUAAUUUUUCUCGCGGUGAGAAGUUUGUCCCUCUCGGCCUUCCGUACGGCGGCGCUGCUGUCAGAGCAGCGGUGCUAGCAGAGCUGCUGUUUGCCGGCUAGCUUGCGCCGGGAGACAAUAAAAAAAAAGCUAACAAUGGCUGGUGUGCACCCACAGGACGACCUGCUGAAAAUGACACACAGAGAAAACUGGAAGGUGCAGCAUGAGCGUCUACAUGUGAAGCACAGGGGUCACGAGGCCAUGCAUGCAGAGAUGGUGCUGAUCCUCAUCGCCACACUGGUGGUGGCUCAGAUAGUCCUGGUGCAGUGGAAGCAGCGGCACCACCGGUCCUACAAUCUGGUGACUCUUGUCCAGAUGUGGGUGGUUCCUCUUUACUUCACCAUCAAACUCUACUGGUGGAGAUUUCUGUCCAUGUGGGGCAUGUUCUCCGUCGUCACCAGCUACGUCAUCUUCAGAGCCACUCGCAAGCCUCUGUCCUGCAGGACGCCGAGGAUGGUGUACAAGUGGUUCCUGCUGAUCUACAAGCUGAGCUAUGCCGUGGGCGUGCUGGGCUACCUGGCCAUCAUGUUCACCAUGUUCGGCUUCAACGUCUUCUUCAGGAUCAAGGCAGAGGACUCUAUGGACGUCGGUGUAAUCAUGCUGUUUUAUGGGCUUUACUACGGCGUCAUGGGCAGGGACUUUGCUGAAAUCUGCUCCGACUACAUGGCUUCUACAAUCGGGUAUUACAACAAGGGAGGCAUGCCCAGCAGGAGCCUGACCAACGACAUCUGCGCGGUGUGCGGUCAGAGGAUCCUGGUGGACGUGGAGGAGGAAGGAUUUAUAGAAGACACCUACCAGCUCUCCUGUGGACACAUAUUCCACGAGUUCUGCAUCCGCGGUUGGUGCAUCGUGGGUAAGAAGCAGACGUGCCCGUACUGCAACGAAAAGGUUGACUUGAAGCGGAUGAUGAGCAACCCCUGGGAGAAGACACACGUCCUGUACGGGCAGCUGCUCGAUUGGCUCAGAUACCUGGUUGCCUGGCAACCCAUCAUCAUUGGUAUCGUCCACGGGAUUAACUUCUCCCUGGGCCUCGAGUAGAGCCCUGAGGAACACCGCCUUAAGCACGUCCCGGAGUCAUGAAAAGUGCAAGAAACGUUUGGCAGCAAAGAGACGAAGUCGGCGCUACAAGGAACCGACUCAGGCUGCUGUUCAAGUCUUUAGUUUCCUCGGUACAUGUUGUUUGACUGAACGCUUGCACAGUUUGCAGCAGAGUGAUCCCAGGUGGUCUGGGUCUCAAUGUGUGCAGAGGACACUGUGAUGCCAAAACUGCUGCCAACAUGAGCAAAAAUAUUUGAGCACAGAUUCCAGUAUUUGAUGAUUUCAAAACGUUUGACACAAGAAAGAAAUGUCUAGUUUGGAACUUAUGGAAAUGUUGCUGUCAUGCAUGUUGUUUUUGUGAUGAAUCAUUGCUUCACUUUGUACUGUAUCAUAAAAAUGCAUUUUUAAACCGUUUUCUAGUUUGUUCGCAUACUCCUCACUGCUGGUUCUGUUGACACCACUAACACGUGUUUCCGCUCAAAGCGUUCUUUUAAAGACUUGAGCUGCUGCAAAUCAAAUUGAUUACAAAAAGGACGAUUCUGUCCAAAUAGUUGUUACAUAACCUGUUUACAUUUCAUGUAACUUUGUUUAUUACAAAAGUUUUAUCUGGGAUGUCUGUUCUGUUGUGUUUUUUAAUUUGUAUGAAGCUAAAGUUGAUGGUAAAAGGUCAACAUAUUGUAGCAGUGGGAGUCAGUACGUCACUAUUAUGUAUCUGAACGAGACUUGUCAUCACUGCAGCUGAUCCUCCAUAAAGACUCAAACGUCCCAUCAGGAAUUGAUUUAAGUAUGACGUUAUGAUGCGGGCGAUAAAGACUGGAGAGAAAGAGGAAGAGUAUGCUCUUGCUUUUGCUGUUCUUCCAACAUGGCGGCAUGUGGCCCGUAACUAUGGUAACCACCCUCCAAUCACUCAGUAACAGGAGUUUGGGUCUCGCUCUGUGCUGCGACAGGAAGAAAGCUUUCUUUUGCCAAAUCAAAUUCAUAUUGCUUUGUUAUCGAGACCGCUGCUGAUAUUAACUUUGUAUUUAUUAAAUAUUUAUAAAACCUCA